AUGCCUGGACCCCAGUGGAAGGCCAAGCGGAGUUGGUUUAAAGUGCUGGUGGGUUUGAUAGCAGUGGCCUUGGCUUAUUCCUACAACGUGGACCUGGAUCACCCGGUGGUCUACCAGGGGCCCAAUGGCUCCUUCUUUGGAUACUCGGUGCUGGAGCAUUACUACGAUAAUACCCGCUGGGUCCUGGUUGGUGCUCCAAAGGCAGAUUCUAAAUACAGCGCCUCUGUUAAGUCCCCAGGAGCUGUCUUUAAAUGUCGAGUCCACACCAAUCCUGAGAGGAGGUGCACAGAGCUGGAUAUGGGUCGAGGCAAUACUCUGGGCACGCUCUGUGGAAAGACCUGUAAGGAGGAUAGAGAUGAUGAAUGGAUGGGCGUAAGCCUGGCUAGGCAGCCCAAGGCUGACGGAAGUGUGCUGGCCUGUGCCCAUCGCUGGAAAAACAUCUACUAUGAGACAGAGUACGUCCUCCCCCAUGGUUUCUGCAAUAUCAUCCCACCCAACCUCCAUUCCAAUGGUCGAAAAUUAUUGCCCUGCUAUGAAGAGUAUAAGAAGAAAUACGGGGAAGAGCAUGGCUCGUGUCAGGCUGGAAUAGCGGGCUUCUUCACUGAGGAGCUGGUCAUCAUGGGAGCACCAGGGUCUUUUUACUGGACGGGAACUAUCAAAGUGUUGAACCUCACUGACAACACCUAUUUCAAACUGAAUGAUGAUGCUGUGAUAGCCAGGCGGUACACAUACUUAGGAUACGCAGUGACAGCAGGUCAUUUCUCCCAGCCAACUACCACAGACGUCGCAGGAGGAGCUCCCCAGGAUGGAGGCAUCGGAAAGGUUUAUAUUUUCAGAACAGACAGGCGAUCAGGCUCCUUAAUAAAGAUUUUUCAGGCAUCGGGUAAAAAGAUGGGCUCUUACUUUGGCUCCUCCUUAUGUGCAGUUGAUCUGAACUCGGAUGGACUUUCAGACCUGCUGGUUGGAGCACCCAUGUUUUCUGAGAUCAGGGAUGAGGGUCAAGUCACAGUCUAUAUCAACAGAGGAAAUGGAGUCCUGGAAGAGCAGCUUGUUCUGAACGGCGACAAUGCCUACAAUGCACACUUUGGGGAAAGUAUGGCCUCCCUAGGAGAUAUUGAUGAUGAUGGAUACUCAGAUGUUGCCAUUGGGUCCCCAAAGGAGGAUGACUACGUAGGAGCGGUGUAUAUCUACCAUGGAGACGCAGGUGGCAUUGUUCCGCAGUAUUCUAUGAAACUGUCUGGGCAAACUAUAAACCCAACGCUGCGGAUGUUUGGCCAGUCCAUAUCAGGAGGAGUUGAUAUGGAUGGAAAUGGUUAUCCAGAUGUGACCAUUGGGGCCUUCAUGUCAGACAAUGUGGUGCUUCUAAGAUCUAGACCUGUCAUUACAAUGGACAUCUCCAUUUUCCUGCCAGCUUCCAUCAAUAUCACAGCUCCCCAGUGCCAUGAUGGCUUGCAGCAGGUGAACUGCCUCAAUGUCACAGUCUGCUUUCGUUUUAACGGCAAACGUGUUCCAGGAGAAAUAGGUUUGAAUUAUAUCUUGACUGCAGAUGUGGCAAAGAAAGAAAAAGGCCAACAGCCCAGGGUUUACUUUGUGUCUUCUGGAGAAACAAUGGGACAGGUUGUGGAGCAGUUACAGCUGUCGUACAUGAGGGAAAAGUGUGAUCACUACCUAGCCUACGUGAAGAGACGAGUCAAAGAUGUGAUAUCCCCAAUUGUGUUUGAAGCGGCAUACAGUCUGGGGGAACAUGUGAUGGGAAAGGAGGAGAAGGAACUACCUGCUCUUAAGCCCAUUCUCCGCUGGAAGAAGGGAGAGAAGAUAGCGCAGAGAAAUCAGACUGUUUUUGAGAGGAAUUGUCAAUCAGAUGAUUGUGCUGCUGAUUUGAAACUUCAGGGUAAAUUAUUGCUGUCUAGUGUUGAUGAGAAAACCCCCUAUCUGGCAUUGGGAGCAGUAAAGAACAUUUCACUUAAUAUCUCCAUCUCUAACAUUGGGGACGAUGCCUAUGAUACCAACGUGUUCUUCAACUUUUCCAGGGAGCUCUUCUUUAUCAAAAUGUGGCAAAAGGAAGAGCUGGGUAUUGCUUGUGAGCUGCUGGAGUCAGACUUCCUCAAGUGCAGCGUGGGAUUUCCUUUCAUGAGAUCGAAGUCCAAGUAUGAGUUCAGUGUGAUCUUUGAUACAAGCCAUUUGUCUGGGGAAGAGGAGUUUCUUACAUUCCUUGUCACGGCCCAAAGUGGAAACCUAGAGCACUCUGAAUCGCUACAUGACAACACUCUCACCCUGUCUGUGCCCUUGAUGCAUGAAGUGGACUCAUCUAUCACUGGAACUGUCUCCCCGACUUCCUUUUUGUAUGGAGGGUCUGUGGAAAGAUCCAGUUUUGUUCAGCUGGAGAAUUAUGAAUGUCUUUUUCAGCCUCUCAACUUCACUCUUCAGGUUUACAACACUGGACCAAGCACACUCCCCGAAUCUUUUGUUGACAUUUUGUUUCCUAACCGCCUCUCUGCCAGUGGGGCUGAAACUUUUCACAUUCAGCAGAUGAUGGUUGCUCAGGAGAAAGGAAACUGCUCUUUUCAGAAAAACCCUAACCCAUGUGUCAUCCCUCAAGAAAAUGACAAUAUUUUUCAUACGAUCUUUGCUUUUUUUACCAAGUCUGGCAGAAAAGUACUGGACUGUGAAAAACCAGGCAGAUCCUGCUUAAUUGUACGCUGUAACUUAAGCUCACUAGCAAAAGCAGAAUCCCGCAAUAUAGAUGUUUACAUGCUGCUUAAUACAGAGAUAUUAAAGAAGGACAGUUCAUCGGUCAUCCAGUUUGUGACAAGGGCGAAGGUGAGGGUGGACACAACACUCAGGAUUGUGGAAGUGUCUAAUGGGAAGAUUAAAGAUGCAAGAGUGGUCUUUGAGGCCUUGCACAAGAUAGAGGCUCGUGGUUAUGUUGUGGGAUGGAUCAUUGCUAUUAGUUUGCUGGUGGGAAUUCUCAUCUUCCUGUUCUUGGCUGUGCUGUUAUGGAAGCUGGGCUUCUUUCGCAGGAGAUACAAAGAAAUCAUUGAGGCUGAGAAGAACAGGAAGGAGAAUGAAGAUAGUUGGGACUGGGUCCAGAAAAAUCAAUGA